UUUUCUGGAAAUAAAUUAGAAAGGAAAAUAUAUUUCUUUAGUAUUGAAACUAAUUGUAAUAUUCUGUCCAUUUCUGUUUAAGAGAGAAAACAGGAAGUGGACAUUGCAGAAGUGUUAUCUUACUUCCUAUUUUUCACCUGACAAGAAUGUUAUUUGUCGUGUAAGACAUUACCCACGGUUUCAGCGUGUCUGUCGUGUUUCACAUAGGCGUGUGUGUGCGCUGGUGUCGGUCUAAGUGUAAAUAUCUUCAGCUAGUGAACAGCUUCAGAGAGAACAGCACUGUGUUCAUUUCCCUUCAGUAUGUUUGUGUGUUUCUGGAUGUUUUGACCUCUUUUCUCUGGACUUAGCAAAGGGAACAAAAAUGCAGAUCAUCUUUGGGAUCCUGCUGACAUUCACAGGAGCUGCUUUGGGUUCACUAUUUCAGGAUCAUGUUGUCUGUAGAUUUAAUCAAAGUAAUCAGUGUUAUGUAGCUGUGGGACAACGACUGCACCUGCAAAUGCCGCUGGAGGAUGGGUUUGACCUAAAGACCACUAGUUUAAUUUUAAGAUAUAGAAAAAACCAAAGUUCCCCAACACCAACACCACGUCUCCCAAGAUGGCAGUUUGUUAAUGAUAAUAAAACUAUGAUACUAACCAGUGCAGAGAGGAACGACUCUGGAACAUACACUUUAAACAUCUUUGAUGUAGACGGGAGAAGUAAAGGCAAUUCUACUCUCCAGGUGAACAUUGAAGCUCAGGUGUCCUCAGUGAAAGUUUCCUACAACUGCUUGUUCUCUGGAGUCAUGAAAGUGACCUGUUCUGCUGAUGGAGACAACCUUCACUUCAGCUGGACUUCUGACUUUAAAACACUCCCUCAACUGGAGAACGGGACCAGCACUGUCACACUGGAACAACACCAUCAAGGAAACAUCACCUGCCAUGUAGAAAAUCAUGUCAGCCGUCACCACGAUACUGCUGAACUCCACCAAUGUCCUGGCAUGCUUUUUCAGGAUCAUGAUGUCUGUAGAUUUAAUCAGAGGAAUCCGUGUUAUGUAGUUGUGGGACAACGACUGCACCUGCAAAUGCCCUGGGAGGAUGGGUUUGACCUAAAGACCACUAGUUUAAUUUUAACAUAUAGAAAAACCCAAAGUUACCCACCAACACCACGUCUCCCAAGAUGGCAGUUUGUUAAUGAUAAUAAAACUAUGAUACUAACCAGUGCAGAGAGGAGCGACUCUGGAACAUACACUUUAAACAUCAUUGAUGGAGACAGGAGAAGUAAAGGCAGUUAUACUCUCCAGGUGAACAUUGAAGCUCAGGUGUCCUUGGUGACAGUGUCAUACAGCUGCUUGUCCCUUGGAAUGAGAUUGAACUGUUCUGCUGAUGGAGACAACCUCAGUUUCAGCUGGACUUCUGAUAUUGACGAGCUCCCUCAACUGGAGAACGGGACCAGCACUGUCACAAUGGAACAAGACCAUCAAGGAAACAUCACCUGCCAUGUAGAAAAUCACGUCAGUUAUGACCACAAUACUGUUGAACUCCACCAAUGUACUGAUUUGCUGUUUCAGGAUCAUGUUGCCUGUAGAUUUACUCAGAGGAAUCCGUGUUAUGUAGCUGUGGGACAACGACUGCAACUGCAAAUGCCCUGGGAUGAUGGGUUUGACCUAAAGACCGAUAGUUUAAUUUUAAGAUAUAGAAAAACCCAAAGUUCUCCACCAACACCACGUUUCCCAAGAUGGCAGUUUGUUAAUGAUAAUAAAACUAUGAUACUAACCAGUGCAGAGAGGAGCGACUCUGGAACAUACACUUUAAACAUCUUUGAUGUAGAUGGGAGAAGUAAAGGCAGUUCUACUCUCCAGGUGAACAUUGAAGCUCAGGUGUCCUCAGUGAAAGUGUCCUACAGCUGCUUGUUCUCUGAGGUCCGGAAAGUGACCUGUUCUGCUGAUGGAGACGACCUGCACUUCAGCUGGACUUCUGACUUUAACACACUCCCUCAACUGGAGAACGGGACCAGCACUGUCACACUGGAACAAGACCAUCAAGGAAACAUCACCUGCCAUGUAGAAAAUAAUGUCAGCCGUGUCCACUAUACCAUUGAGCUCCACCAAUGUCCUGGUUCACUGUUUCAGGAUCAUAUCUGUAGAUUUAAUCAGAUUAAACCAUGUUAUGUAGCUGUGGGACAACGACUGCACCUGCCAAUGCCCAGGGAGGAUGGGUUUGAGCUAAGGACCACUAGUUUAAUUUUAAGAUAUAGAAAAACCCAAAGUUCCCCACCAACACCACAUCUCCCAAGAUGGCAGUUUGUUAAUGAUAAUAAAACUAUGAUACUAACCAGUGCAGAGAGGAACGACUCUGGAAUAUACACAUUAGAGAUCUAUGAUGUAGACGGGAGACAAGAAGACAGAUCUACUCUCCAGGUGAACAUUGAAGCUCAGGUGUCCUCAGUGAAAGUGUCCUACAGCUGCUUGUUCUCUGAGGUCCGGAAAGUGACCUGUUCUGCUGAUGGAGACAACCUUCACUUCAGCUGGACAUCUGACUUUAACACAUUCCCUCAACUGGAGAACGGGACCAGCACUGUCACACUGGAACAAGACCGUCAAGGAAACAUCACCUGCCAUGUAGAAAAUCAUAUCAGCCGUGACCACGAUACUGCUAAACUCCACCAAUGUCCUGGUUCACUGUUUCAGGAUCAUGUUGUCUGUAGAUUUAAUCAGAUUAAACCGUGUUAUGUAGCUGUGGGACAACGACUGCACCUGCAAAUGCCGCUGGAGGAUGGGUUUGACUUAAAGACCACUAGUUUAAUUUUAAGAUAUAGAAAAACCCAAAGUUCCCCACCAACACCACGUCUCCCAAGAUGGCAGUUUGUUAAUGAUAAUAAAACUAUGAUACUAACCAGUGCAGAGAGGAGCGACUCUGGAACAUACACUUUAAACAUCAUUGAUGUAGACGGGAGAAGUAAAGGCAGUUAUACUCUCCAGGUGAACAUUGAAGGUUCACUGUUUCAGGAUCAUGUUGUCUGUACAUUUAAUCAGAUAAAACCGUGUUAUGUAGCUGUGGGACAACGACUGCACCUGCAAAUUCCCUGGGAGGAUGGGUUUGACCUAAAGACCACUAGUUUAAUUUUAAGAUAUAGAAAAACCCAACGUUCCCCACCAACACCACAUCUCCCAAGAUGGCAGUUUGUUAAUGAUAACAAAACUAUGAUACUAACCAGUGCAGAGAGGAACGACUCUGGAACAUACACUUUAAACAUCUUUGAUGUAGACGGGAGAAGUAAAGACAGUUAUACUCUCCAGGUGAACAUUGAAGCUCAGGUGUCCUCAGUGAAAGUGUCCUACAGCUGCUUGUCCUCUGGAGUCAUGAAAGUGACCUGUUCUGCUGAUGGAGACAACCUUCACUUCAGCUGGACAUCUGACUUUAACACACUCCCUCAACUGAAGAACGGGACCAGCACUGUCACACUGGAACAAGACCAUCAAGGAAACAUCACCUGCCAUGUAGAAAAUCAUGUCAGCCGUGACCACGAUACUGCUGAACUCCACCAAUGUCCUGGUUCACUGUUUAAGGAUCAUGUUGUCUGUAGAUUUAAUCAGAUUAAUCCAUGUUAUGUAGCUGUGGGACAACGACUGUACCUGCAAAUGCCGCUGGAGGAUGGGUUUGACCUAAAGUUCACUAGUUUGAUGUUAAGAUAUAGAAAAACCCAAAGUUCCCCACCAACACCACAUCUCCCAAAAUGGCAGUUUGUUAAUGAUAGUAAAACUAUGAUACUAACCAGUGCAGAGAGGAGCGACUCUGGAACAUACACUUUAAACAUCUUUGAUGUAGACGGGAGAAGUAAAGGCAGUUAUACUCUCCAGGUGAACAUUGAAGAUAAAGAAAGAAUGUAAACCUGGAUAAGAAGAAGAAGACGGUUGUUUGCUUUCCUCCAUGUCAGCAGCUCAUCCCUCCUGAACCACUAGAAACAUAUAACCACAAGCCCGUUGGCAGGGGUGGUUCGGGUGGUUCCGGAAUUUUUUUUUCAUGUGAUUAUUGUCAUCAUUGUUUUAAUCAAUGCUUGUGACAAAUAUUCUGGGUUGCGGUUUCAAAUUAAUAUGAUACAUUAUUGUAGCUGGACGUGUGUGUGUUUAUGUGUGUGUGUGUGUGUGUGUGUGUGUGUGUGUGUGUGUGUGUGUGUGUGUGUGUGCCACGCGUGCAGUUCAGAGAGAGUUCUCGCAAUACACUUUUCAAAGCAACGGUGAAGCAUCGCCUCUGAAUGUUGGGGGGAGGAGUUAUAUAUAUAUAUAUAAUAUAUAUAUAUAUAUAUAUAUAUAUAUAUAUAUAUAUAUAUAUAUAUAUAUAUAUAUAUAUAGAUAUAGAUAUAGAUAUAUAGAUAUAUGUUAAUUAAAAGGAUUUCUAUAUUUUAUCCACUCAAUAGUCUACAAUAUAAACAUACCGUAAUUAUAAUAAAACAUAGUGGGAUAUUCAGUGAUAUUGGCUGUGCAAUGUCAACUUUUGUGAUUGGCCAAUACCGGCAGACUGGAGCCAAUGGAAAUGCUCCUGUCCUUCGGUGCGCGUCGUUAUUCCUCCGAGAACUUCAAAGCGGAUCGCUUGAGGUAAAUUAUUUGGAAUAAUUAGUAUAUUAAUUGAUUUAUGAUGCCUACCCAGCUAACACGCUGUACUAAUUACGAAAUAAUUGCACCCAAGAAGAUUGGAACUAACCAGUGUACUAAAUCCAUAAGUGUCAAGACAAAUACAGCAACCAGCAAAAUAAUUAAAUAGAAAAACUGAAUAAAAAGAAAAACUGCAAAAAGGUCAACUUUUUGAAAAAGACCCCCCCUUUCAAUAGUCUGGCUACGGACCUGAACCAUCAACAACAAAAUGAACAGAGAAAAGAAAUACAUAUCAAUCCAUAUGUUCUUUUCAAAAACUAAACUAGCCUCACGCUUCAUGCAGAUUUCUUGAUGAACCCAGCGCAAAUGCUUAGUUAAUUCUCUAAAGCUUUAAGUUUUUAAUAUUCAAAAUACUGCAAUGCUUAAAUGAAGCUGUUAUCAUGCUGUUGAAGAAAUAAUUUGUGAAGAAUUUCUUUAAACAUAAAUCUUGUGUGAAAGUUGGAAAAAUGUCUGUUUCUUUUUCUUUCAAACAAAAACAAGUAAAGGAUUAAUCUGUGUGUUUAUAGAGUAAUGACACCUGCAGCCAAUAUAAAGCCUAUUACACAUUCACAUAUGCCACAAUGUCAUAAUUGUAGUUUUGUGUAAAUAAAUCCAUUAUACUAUUU